AUGGUGGCUCCUUCGCCGAGAGCAAGCACCAUGAAGGGCACCAUGAAAGGCACCAUGAAAGGCACCAUCAUCGCCACCACCAAGGCAGCGCUUGCCUAUGCUGGCAUGAGAUAUUGCCUACAUUAUCCUACAUUGCUGCUCUUGCUGAGUAUGAAUAUGGCAGCAGAGCCGGUACACUUUGUGGCGUCGCGCGCUUUUCGCUGCAGUUCAGGUGCUACUUGGGGUGGCACGGGGACGGCAGAUGAAGUACCGAGAAACAAAACGGAAUGCCUGGCCCAGGUGGGUACGGGCCUGGACCGUGAUGAAUUGAAAGCAGUCUUGGCGAAGAAGGAGACGACAGACAGCAUAGCUCUGGACGUCGUGGGCAAGAUCGAGAAGACGUUGACGCACGCAUGCAAAUCAAAAGUGAGGAAGGCCUUCCCAAUCCCUUGGGCCUGGCCCACCAUCCUUUUCGGCUGCGGCCCGCUGUACCAGUGCACCAAGGAGCUUCUGGUCAUUGUAGAGCCCCUGCGACAGCUGAUAUGGAAAACCGUCGCUGCUAUGGCGGCGCUGGUGAAUUGGAUGCUCGACACAUUCAAGAGCUACUUCGGAGGCGAGACAAAGCAAGUGGCUACUCCAGACGCGGAGCUGCAGCCCAACCUGCACCAUCUCUUCAGCGACGCGGAGAUUCUGGGAAUGGACUGCAUCAAGUGCUCUGCGAGGCUGUCCGGUGGGAUAACUGUCGAUGCCAUUCCUCCGUUGGCCCUGUCCAUUCUGACCAACUCAGCCACGAUCGAAGAGCUUGUUGGCCGUCAGAACAACGCCAUUAAGCAGUGCUACGGCACGUGUUUGAAGAAGCAGAUGCAGGUGUUGAAUCGCAUUGUGACGGGAGGAGGCAACGCGGACACGGACCAGUACUUCCGCCGUGGCAACUGCAACCAGCACGCCGUGGGCCUAUGCCUGAUGCUGGAGAAGACCCGGAACUGCAAGACGAAGAUCACGCCGGAGGGGAAGUUGAUACGUACUAACAUCGAGCCUGGGGAUGCCCAGCGCAAUAUCUGCGAUGCCUUGAAGGGCGUCCACCUGCAUCUCAAGCGAGAUGAGACGAGGGGCAUCGUGUGCCCAGAGAACAAACACCAUGGCAGCAGAAUGGACCUGGGUCACGCCUGCCAUAGAGUCAAGGAUGAGAUCAUGCUCCACAACGAGAUGUGUGAAGCGCGAAACGACGAGGGAUUGUACGGCUGGGCGGCGACGGUAGGCUCAAACGCCUGGACCGGAUACCAGUACAAGGACGAUGAGGCUUUCCAUUCCUGGGAGGGCCCGAAGACCAAGUGCCUCGAACUCUUCGGCUGCACCGCCUUAAUGACCAGGCCACCGGAGCCGGACGUCCACCAAGGCCUGGAGGCCUUCAAGAAUGUCCUCAGGGAGAUCUUGGACAAUGCGCCGAGGGACUUCGAAAGGGACCAGAUCAUGAAGACCGUGGACGAGUGGAGGUCAAAGUCCAUGUCGGGAGCGAAUGCUUUCGAGAUCGUGGCGCAGGAGUGGGUGGCUCACGAGGCUGAGGAAGAGCGCAUGGCCUGGGUGCGCGAGGAGGAGAACCUGCGAAACAUCUUCGCGCAAGACGUUUGGAAGGAUCAAUGCUUCGCGUUCGGCCACCCCAUGACCACCCAGUUCGAAGGCUACACGGCCCGAUGCGGCAAGGGACUUUGGGAUGCCGUUGUCUCUGUCUCUGUGGUGGUUGUGAAUUUCGCCACGCAUGAAACAUAG